GAGGGACACUUGGAUGCACCAAAAUGAUGGCGAUAAAGAAUGGGGUGGGGGAAAAGAGUGAGAGUGAGAGAGAGAGAGGGAGAGAGAGGAAGUGAGAGAAGUAACCUAAAUGAACAUUUAAAAAUAGUCUGCUAAAGAAGGAGAAAUCAAUGGAUCGUAGUAGCUCGACACUGAGAGUGAAUAAAUAGAGAUGGUGGAAAUGUAAGUGUUGUUCCUGGGACUGAAAUGAGUGGUUAUACCUAGAUGUGUCAGAUAGGUAAGGAAAAAAAACAUUGGGGUUGAACAGAAAGAGAGAUAUGUGUGUAUGGGUCCUCAGAGAAAUACUCAGAAAUGGGGCAAAACUCAUGAUGUUAGCAUAAGAAGAAUAAGGUUUGGUCUGUGUUUGAGAGUGGUAUUUUCAUUAUUGGGAUAAGGGUAGAAAGAGAAAAUACAACCAGGACGGGAGAGCUGUUUUUGAAACGGAGGGUUGAUUGAUAAAGGAGAACCGUUGGGAACCGAGAAGGGCAAAUCGUGGGGCCUCAUAAAAUCAUUUUGCUAAAAUUUAAAGCAUGAUUAAAUGCAAUACAGUAACAGAGAGAGAAAGAGAGAGAGAGGUAUAAAUGUGACAUUUCCAUGUUGGUUUGCUUAUAUAAAGGAGGUUAAGAUGCUGGCUUCUCCCUUCUUUUAAGGAAAGAUAUAUCGGUAGAGAGGAGGGAAAAAAAAAAAGAAAAAGAAAAGAAUGAAAGAGAGGGUCUAAAAGAAAGUGUGAAGAAAUUUGAUGGAGGAACAUCUCAGUCCAUUAGCUGUUACUCAUCUCCUUCAACACACACUAAGAAGCUUGUGCAUUCAUGAGAACUCUCAAUGGGUUUAUGCAGUCUUUUGGAGGAUCUUACCUAGAAACUAUCCACCUCCCAAAUGGGAUGGUCAAGGAGCUUAUGACAGGUCAAGAGGAAACAGGAGAAACUGGAUAUUAGUUUGGGAAGAUGGUUUCUGCAACUUUGCUGCCUUAGCAGCUGAAAUAAACUCCGGAGACUGUCAUGGUUCCUCAGUCCAUGGCAGCAGUGAGUUUCAACAGUAUCAAGGACUGCAACCAGAGCUUUUCUUUAAGAUGUCACAUGAAAUCUACAACUAUGGAGAAGGUUUGAUAGGAAAAGUGGCUGCAGAUCACAGUCACAAGUGGAUAUACAAAGAACCAAAUGAGCAGGAAAUCAACUUCUUGUCAGCAUGGCAUAACUCUGCAGACUCACAUCCUAGGACAUGGGAAGCACAGUUUCAGGCCGGAAUAAAGACCAUCGCCUUGAUUGCAGUUAGAGAAGGUGUUGUGCAACUAGGAGCUGUUCACAAGGUAAUUGAAGACCUGAGUUAUGUAGUUCUACUGAGAAAGAAAUUCAGCUACAUAGAAAGCAUUCCUGGAGUACUCUUGCCCCACCCAUCAUCUUCUGCUUACCCUUUCAAAGUAGAUUCCUAUGGCACACCAGAAGCAUGGGCGCAUUUCCCAGCAGGGACAACAAUUGCACCACCGCCACCACCUGAAUUCUACGACCACUUCAAUCAGCCCAUGAAAAUAACACCUUCCAUGAGCAGUCUUGAAGCCCUUCUUUCCAAGCUUCCAUCAGUUGUACCACCACAAGCUUCUUCCGGCUACUGCGAGUCUCAUCCACAGUCACAGUUCGUAUCAUCGCAAAGGCCAGUGGAAUACAUUGGGAUGGAGAAAGUGGCAAAAGAAGAAAUUGAUGAAGAGUAUAAGCCCGAACAAGAUAUGGGUGCAAGCAGCACCUCCUUUUCUGCAUAUCGUCGCCAACAACAGUAUCAUCAACACCUCUCAAUGUAACCAAACGGCAGGCCCAACAAUGGAUUUUGAUAUACAGCGAGUGAUAUUUGGAGUAUCUUUAUAUAUCAUAUAGCCCAGUUCUUAUAUGUAGAUUGUGCAUGGAUCGGUGCAUUGAUUUCUAUAAUGUUUCAGUUAGGCCAUUGGGGUAUUAAUUUCUACUAAACUAUAACAGCUUUCUUUGCUGUUGAAGCUUUGUUUAGCCCUAGACUCCAAGCUAGUAUAUAAUAUCAUGAAUCUUCAUCUUCCA